UGGCCUUUUUAUCAAAAGAGGGUAGUACAUUUUUUUUAUGCAGAGAGUGAUUGGUUUUGAAUUCAUAUGUCAGGAUAACCACUAGAAUAUAACAAAGAAAAGAAUUGUGUGCACAUUUUCUUCUUUAGGAUAAAAUACGAUGCUUAAAAUAUAUAUUCUGCUCGGUUUAGGAAAUGUUAGUGAGUGAAUAGUAACUGUUUCAGUUAUCAUAUAUUAUUCAUAUCUCUCUGUUCUAUUUUGCCGGACUGAAACAGAAAAUGUCAGACAAGCCAGUUCAUUUCAAGGGGACGUAUGCCGCAACAAAAGUGUUUGUACUUAUGAUGAUAUCGAUAAUGAUCAUGGUGAUUUAUAGUCAGUUAGAUUUAACGUUACCGUGGCAUUUGAAGAAAGACUCAACCAGUUCAGCCCUGAGAUUAUUCGGAAGUGCGUGUAACGGAUCUUUACUUCCUGCUCAAGUGAACACAGAGAGCAACUGGGGACAGGUAGACCAAAACAGGACGAUUUUUGUAAUUUCUGCUUACUAUGUUGGAGAAAGAGAACGGGUUUUUGUCAUUGGUUCCAAGCCUUUCCACGAAGUUACAGUUAUUUGUCAACUUUGGUAUACCAGUUUAGACAACAAAUCUCGACCACUACGGCAAACAAAAGCCAAAGUAGUGGCUCCAAUUGGUGCAACGGAAUAUAAUUACACAUCUACAAUUUUUGAAUGUAAAUUGGAAUCAACAGAACAGCCUACGCACGUUUCUCUCGUGAUGAAUUCCUGUGAAAAUCCAUCAAAUCUUUUAAAAGUACGGGAAGCUUCGAAACCUGCAAAAUAUCAACGGCGUUUUACAGUGUGUUUAUCUCCAGUGUUCAAUUUUGAUGACGUGUUCCAGCUUGUUGAAUGGAUUGAACUCAACAAAAUACUUGGCGCUGAUAAAUUUCUGUUGUAUAACUACUCAACCGGUGUCAACAUAGAAAAAGUGAUCGAAUAUUACGUUAACUCAGGAACUGUUGAAGUCAUUCAAUGGGAUAUACCUUUCCCGCCUGCAAACAACAUUGAAUACUUUGCUCAAAAAGCUGCUUUAAAUGACUGUAUUUUCAGAAAUAAAAAUGUUUCAGAAUUUGUCAUAAAUAUUGAUAAAGAUGAAUAUGUGAUACCCCAUUCUGAAGAUGUUAUAAACUGGUCUCAAAUGAUCGAACAGUUUGAUAAAAACUACGCAGGCUAUCUAAUUAGGCAUACUUUCUUUAGAACAGACUGGAAAAUGAAAAACCAGAACUUUUCAGAAAGACAAUAUGCAGAGAAUCACCAUUUAGUUACAUUGACACAUUUUGAACAUGAGAAAACGAUAUGGCCAGCCACCGAACGGUCAAAGUAUUUUGCUCGAACGGCUUAUGUUGAGUUUGGAAAUAUUCACGAGAUUCCACGUGGAAGAAUAUUCACUGUUCCUACCAAUAUUGCAUUACUGCAUCACUAUCGAACACUGGGAGAUUCAAAGCCAAGUGACAAGGUCAAUGACUUUACUAUUCUGUUGAAGUAUGGGCAUAGUCUUACGCGAAAUGUGCAAAAAAUAUGGAAAGUACUUUCAGUUAGUAAUAAUUCAUUGUAACUGAUUAUUAAUGAACUUAAGCUAAGCCGGCUCUGGUUUUAGAUUUUUAUUUAAAAGUAAAGUUUCUGAAUGUCCGUCCAUGCAUAUGUAUAAAUCUUUUAAAAGAAUGAUUAAGAAAGGUUAUUUGAAAUGUGAUAUAGUUAAUUUAUUCGUCGAGUACAUUUAUCCACUUAAUGAUAACAAACAAUUGCUUUGUAAAUAGCUUUACAUUCUUAUUUGUCUGAUUAGUUGAAUUUUCAUGUUGCUGGUCUAGCAUACUUUUGCACAGUUAGCUUACACAUUAUGGGGUUAAGGCCACACUGGCCGAGGGUUUAAGAUCGUUUUCUUCGAAUCACUUGCUCCUCACUAAUGUGCGUUCGAGCCUGAUUCGGGGCUUUGGAAGAAGCUAUCCAGCUGGUUUACGGAAGGUCGGUGGUUCUACCAAUUUGCUCUCCAGUGAUAAGAUCAUGUACAGAGGGGAACCUGAGGUCUUCCUCUACCCUAAACCGUUUCUAUUGGUAAACUUGGUAAAUGUGCGAUAUGAUAUGGUGUGGUCGAAGGGGAAGUGUUUCCAUAAAGUGCGAUGGGCACGGCUGUUCUCAAAGAGGGAAGGCUUGCUUACAAAUGUAAGUGAUAAAUUAUAGACACAUGCACCAUAUGUAAUUUCCAAAUCUAUCCGUCAUCAAUGAAAUGAUCCAAAGUUUAUUCACAGAAUCGAGGUGUUUUGACACAAAAAGCCGCAUCGGGAAAUGUUAUGCGCACACGUUGGUGACGUGCAUUACCGCCCAUAUAAAAGACAUAUACGCAAGAAACCUUAAUGUACGUAAAUAGGCAUUCCUUCGGUGUCAGAGUUGUGCCAUUUCGUUAUUUCGUUCUAUCCGCAGCGACACAAAAGCCAGACAUCGUUUUUGCAUUCCGCCGAACGUCUCCCCACCAAAUGUCUCACCGUUGAAUUUCGCCACGCCAAAUGUCGCCUCGUCGAACGUCGUCUUUACGCAUUUCUUAUUGAUUUAUAUUUAAAUUCAUCGUUGUGGACUGACAAAUUAUAUCUUUUAUCUUCAAUUUGAUAGUACAAUCAUGUCAAUCCAGAAGGCGAAAAGGCGUCGUUUGGAGGGGCGACGUCAGGCGCGGCUAUAUUCAGCGGAGCGACGUUUUGUGGGGCGACAUUCAGCGGAGCGACGUUUUUCGGGGCGCCAUAACUACGUUUGUCGUUAUGUAGCUGCGACAGAACAAAAUCACGAAAUGUCAUAAGUCUGCAACUAUAGUUUUCAGUGUGAUAAAAUAUACGGUCACUGACAAGGGAAACUUUUUUUUUCAAAAUUGACGCCCUUAUCUAAAUAUUAAAGAUAGGAAGUACUGAAAAAUAUCAGUCGCUAUAUGCACCAUGUCAGCCGAAGUCCACGAUCUCGGUUUGUAUUCAUCUUUAAACAGAGAAAUAACCAUACUAUCCCUUACGUCGUACCAACAAAUUAAAACCACUGUACUGUGCUAAAGUCCAUUCUAUAUAAGAGAAAAUAGAUUUACAUAUAAAAUGCAAUUAAUAAUAUAUUGAUUUAAUCGUAAAAUUUUGCGUAAAUACUAUAAACCUGGCUGGCAUUUUAGUUUAAACUCUUGCCGGUGAUAACAAAGCGUUUAAAAAGUUUAUUGUGUAUGCCCUAUUUGAACUCACCUGAAACGUUUCAAAUAAUUUGUAGAUUGCAGAUAGAAUGUCUUGUCUUUAUUAUUUAAAAAAAAAGGAAAAAAGAUUUGUAUUGUGGCAAAUACAACGAUCAAGAUGCUUGUCUAAGAUUUGACAUAGCACCUUUUAUCCCCUCCUAAACGAACGUGUCCAGGACCUCUUGAAAUUCAACUUUGUUGAGGUUUUUAACCGGACUGAGCUUAUAUCGCAAGUACGUACAGAGCUUUUGAUGAGCGUCAAACCGGACUGAGCUUAUAUCGCAAGUACGUACAGAGCUUUUGAUGAGCGUCAAACCGGACUGAGCUUAUAUCGCUUACGUACAGAGCUUUUGAUGAGCGUCAUUCGUUUGGGAACGUUACGGAGUGCAAUCCGACGUAUAAAGCCCAUUGAUUUACUUCCAUAACAUUCUAGCAUUUUCAUUGGAUAAAAGGUGGUCAUGUGGUGACCCCUACUAUUUUCGUUGAGAGUCAAUACAAUUUCAUGUUGUUCUAGGCUAAUAAUAUGUGCACGAUAAAACAAAUCAAUAAUGUAGUUACUUGUUUGUUAGUGACCCUCAAUAGAAGUAUGUUUGGUCUUACAUAGAAGUAUGUUGGGUCCUACAUAGAAGAAUGUUUGGUCCUACAUAGAAGUAUGUUUGGUCCUACAUAGAAGUAUAUUGGGUCAGUUGGAUAAAUAAGGGGAUUCGGCCUAUUGCCGUUGAGGGACACAGCUAAUAAUUAAUAGUGCAGUGUUACACGAUCUCACAUCGCGUAUUCAUAUAGCUGUGGAAUCCUUAUCUCUGUGUUGUAUUCUUGUUUCAUAUUUAUAGUUUUAUUAAACUUGAUUUUUUUUUUCGUUUUAUUAAAAGAAAACAAAAAAGAAAAAUAAUAAGAAUAAAGCUAUAUCUCAAAAAGCUUUCUAUAAUGAUCAACAGAAAAAUGUUCGAUUAUAACAAAUGUGUUGCAAACAUUUCGUGACGGCCUCAAAACGUCAGAAAAUCAAGACAUUCGACAGUGCACAUACAACUUGACUUAUUGCUCAAAUGAGCCGCGCCAUGGGAAAACCAACAUAGUGUAUUUGCGACCAGCAUGGACCCAGACCAGCCUGCGCUGAUCAGGAUCUAUGCUGUUCGCUAACAGUUUCUCUCUAAUUGCAAAAAGCUUUGAAAGCGAACAGAAUGAAUCCUGACCAGACUGCGCGGAAGCGCAGGUUGGUCUGGAUCCAUGCUGAUCGCAAAUGCACUGUGUUGGUUUUCUCAUGGCGUGGCUCAAAUGGUUUAUGAAACUUGUGUUGAUAUCAUUCAUAUAUUUCUAGUAAGACUUCAUUUAGAAACUUAUUUCAGAUGCAGCAUGCCUUUUCCAGUUUGUUAGCAUUAUAUAACAAGUAAUCGAUAACGAAAGAAUGAUCGUUUUCAAAUCACGGUAGAUACAAAGGGAUUGGGCCUGGAAAUACGACGUCAGAGACGCCCACAAGACGUUCCUUAUCUUCAAAAAGGAGAUUACUGCGUUUCUGAAAGUUUUAAGGAGGCAAAAACCUCCUCCUUUGUUUUAGUAUACAACGUUCAUAUAUACAUGUAUAUAAUUGUUUCUCCCUCUUUAUUCUGAGGUUUCCUGUCAGAUUUCUGUUCAUCUGUAAACUCUCUUAGAUAGAUGCAGAUUUACAAAGUCUAUUGAGUUACCCAAAUUGCCUUAAAUAAAAUAAUAAUGACAGCUAAAUAUCAUAUCUAUCAAAGCAAAAUGAAUUUUUCUGACCCAAACAUUCAGGUUUUUAUAAAACAGAUUUCACUGCAUUUUAACAUGGAAAAGUUUCAAACAAAGCAAUCAAAUGUCAAUGAAUAAAUUUCAUAAAAUUUGGGGCGGUCCUGCAGUAUUAUUUGGAGAUGACAACUAACAUAAAAAGAUAAACAUUGUUGUAAAAACUUUGUCCUAUUAUCAUAUACCAUUUCCCCUUUUGUAAUGUUGGUCUUUGAAACACUAACCUUUGUACCUCUAUCUUCAACUCGACUCAACUCAAGUAGUUUAUUGCAUUAAACAUACAAUUAUAUGCUUAUAGCAAAAACAUAUACACAUAUAUAUAGAUUGAAGACAUGGAUUUACAAGGAGUAUAAACUACAUAGGAAUGGUGAAAUAUAGGUUGGACUAAAUGCAUACGAUGGAACAAUAUAUUCAUUCUAUACAUAAGUUUGCAAAAUAUUAAUAUUUCGAUAAACCUUUAACAACUGUUUUAGAAUAUGACAUUAACAGAUUGGUAAAUUUUUGUAAUGUUGGCCAAAUAUAAUAGUAGUGUUUCAAAUGUUUUUUUUUCUUAAAUCUUUAGACUUAUUACAUGUAAGCAAAAAGUGAUAUUCGUUUUCUAUUUGUCCAAAAUUGCAUGUUUUUCAAAUUCUUUCAUUCCUUGGCAUACCUGUAUGUCUACCCUUUUCAAUAGCCAAGUCAUGAGACGACGUUCGAAAUCUUGUUAAAGCAAUUCUAAAUCUUUUAUCUUUUAUAAAAUCUAGAUAUUUGUCAUAUAUACUAUACUUUAACAUACAUUUUAGAUAAUAGUGAUUUAUCACUAUGUUUGCUGAACAAAACACAUUUAUAAUUUAUUUCAAACAUUGGAAGGAGCCUCAAUAUAUGGGUUUUUUUUUCUCAUGACAGAAGUUUUAGUCAUACAUUAAGCAAAUUUUCUAUCCCAAGUACAAGGGAGAGAAAUCCUUUAAACAUAUUAUUGAAAAUGUCUAUGGGUUAAUUCCCUUGUUUAUCUGGAAAGCUCUUACUAUGUCUCUAUUUUCAAUUUUCCAAAUUGUUGAGUCUUGCCGUUUCGAAUUUCGAGCUAAGCACAAAUUUAUUUUCAGAUUUUUUAUAUAUUGAAUAGAACGAUAUAAGUCUCUUGCCCUCAGUUAUAUGCAGUGUUAUAUAUUGUUUUCAUUUAUAUAAUCAUGUACAUUUACAUGUCUCCAUUAGUAAAAAAAAUGUUAAGGGACUCGUCCCAUUGAUAAAAAGACUAGAAAGCUUGUUUGUAUAUUGUAAGUGUUGAAGAAAAUAAAAUGAUACAAAAAAAGUCUAUUGAGAGUAUGUUAUCUCAUUAGUCAUGGU